AACAAUUGUCAAUAUAAGUUGGCAGUACUGAAAUUUGACAUUCUAGUCUAGUGUUCUUUGAUGUCGCGGUUCUUUGAUACGAAGGAGUAAGUUUGUCAAGAUGGCUGAUCAGAAUGAAAGAGCAUUUCAGAAACAACCCACAGUUGCGAAUGUUCUUGCUUCUAUCAAAAGUAAAAAGGGCAUCAAAAAAUCGAGGAAGUCCUUAAGAUACCACCGUGAAGUGGGAUUGGGAUUCAAAACUCCUCGUGAGGGUGAGAAAGCUUUUCAAAAACAGGCGACAGUAUUUUUGAACAAGAAAGGGGGAGUAAAAAAAAAGAACCUUCGUUACCACAAGAAUGUAGGAUUAGGGUUCAAAACCCCUAGAGAGGCAAUAGAAGGAAAUUAUAUAGAUAAGAAGUGCCCUUUCACUGGCAAUGUGUCCAUUCGUGGUCGUAUCUUGACAGGUGUUGUACUGAAGCUUAAAAUGCAGAGGACUAUUGUGAUCCGUAGGGAUUACCUACAUUAUGUAAGGAAAUACAACCGUUUCGAGAAGAGACACAAAAAUAUGUCUGUGCAUUUGUCUCCCUGCUUCAGGGAUGUCGAAAUUGGAGAUGUUGUGACCAUAGGUGAAUGCAGACCUCUUUCAAAGACCGUGAGGUUCAACGUUUUGAAGGUUACAAAAGGCAGUAGCUCUAAGAAGAGUUUCAAGAAAUUUUAGAAACUUGUUUAAAUAAAAUGACAAAAAACUA